CAGUUACAUGCCGCACUGAGUAUUAUCGAACCAGGCAUAUAAGCCUGCCCCUCCGCCUGCUGAACGAUCAUAUUCAAGCCAACAUGGAUACCCUCACACUAAAAGAACGCGCUGCGGAUAUAUUCCAAACCGCCAACAGCCUGGCCGAUGAACUGGCUGUGACAGGCCACCCAGAACCAACGUUUGCCCUGGGCCUCCCUCCUCAUCUCCACGGCGAUGCACCAGAGUCAGCAGCUAGAAACCUAAAGGACCAGCUUGUCCGCAUGGUUGAUGAGCUCAAUGCACUCCUUUCAGAGCCCCAAGAGCUGCUUGUUCCGGAGAUUCGCCUCCCAACUUUAAGCAUCCACCAUAUCGUCCGUCUCGGCAUCGCAGAAGGCUUCCCAGAGCAGGGAACCACGGUCACCGAUCUCGCACAAGCACUCCAUCUGAGCGAGAGUGUCGUGGGUCGGUUACUCGCACAUGCCGCAACCCAUCAUGUCUUCUACGAGGCCGAUCCGGGAUUCUACAUCCACACUGCAGCGUCGAGGCUGUUAUGCCAGAAUAAAGGAAUGCGGGACUGGGUUCGUGUUGGUGCGGAGGAGGUUCUUCCGGGGAUAUUGAAGAUUGCCGAUGCUGUAUCACGCCAUCCAGACUCUCAGGAGCCUGAGCAUUGCGGUUGGAAUAUAGCAAACAACACAGAUCAGUCUGUAUUCCGCGUCCUGGCAAGCAUGCCCGACCGCGCAGCUACAAUCGCCAGCGCUAUGGACUGGCAAACAAGACAUUCUGGCUUCUCCCCGAAAUACCUGGCAGAGGCUUUUCCGUGGCAGAUUGACGGCCGUCAAGGCCAAGCUCUGACAGUUGUUGACGUUGGUGGUGGUCUAGGGCAUAUAUCGCGCACACUGGCAGAGCAUACACAUCCAGAAGCUAAGUCUGCCACAUUCAUCGUGCAGGAUCUACCUGAUAUUGUAGCCGCGGGACAAUCCAUCCUCCCCGAACAACUUCAAGGGCGGGUGAGCUUCCAAGUCCAUGACUUCUUCACCCAGCAGCCGGUGCAGGGCGCGGACGUGUAUCUCCUGUCGUCUGUCUUGCAUGACUGGCCGGAUAAGUAUGCAGCCAGGAUUUUAAAGGCGUUGGUGCCAGCCUUGAAGGCAGGUGCAAAGGUUGUGAUUAAUGAGCGUCUGGUGCCGGGGUUUCAUGAGGCGCAUUAUCUGGUGGAGAGGCAUUAUCGUUCGUUCGAUAUUACCAUGCUCGGCUUUCAGAAUUCCUUGGAGCGGACUAGGAAGAACUGGGAGGAUUUGAUUAAGGAGGCUGAUGAACGAUUUGAAUUGACCAGCGUGAAGCAGCCCAAGGGGGCACUUUUGGCUGUUAUUGAAGUAACUUGGAGGGGGUGAAGUAUAUAUUGGUCAUGAAUUCGCGAACUGAAGUUAACAGUCAGGUCCUAAUUAUGUUUAUAUGAAUACCAAUGUUUUAAUCAGCCUAGAACCAGUGAAAUGUCCUCCAAAUCCAGUUCCUCCCAGCUUUCCCUUCUAACAUAUCCACCAGCCAGCCGAUACGCCACACCGUCCUUCCACUCUACCCAGAGCACUUGAUAGCUUUCCCACGGGUCACCGAGACUCGAAUAGCAUCUCUUCUCCAGGUCAAAGAUCCUCUC